AUGAUGGAUUGCUCCUACGACGAUGAUCUGGACGAGCUUUGCCCAGUCUGCGAGGACAAGGUAUCCGGUUACCAUUACGGACUGCUCACCUGCGAGAGUUGCAAGGUAAGGGCCGGCCGUCGAGGGACAGCGACCCGCUCGGGACUGCCUUCCGCAGUCGAGAAAGGGGCUUAGUGGUCUUCUUCUUAGGAAGGAGAGAGGGAAGAGGUUUGAGAUCAGGGAUCCCCAAAUUUGGACCCCCAAAAAUGUUUCAGGGCAGCAGCGUGGGCUUGUGGGGUCGGAUGCCCUUCUUUAAAAAAAUGCAGGCUCCCCUUCCCCAAUGAACUCCGCUCCACCCGCCGACUGAAUAAUGACCCCCGGAUGGGAUUAUCAUAAUAAAUGCCGCAUUGAAAAUUGGCUAUCGCCCUGGGCUUCUUAACUGCAGCGCCCUAAAACACCCCAGAGCAAAACCGUCAGUGCAGAAAAUUAUGGUGGCGUAUUUUAAUACAUGACGCUGGACGUGCGUAUUUAAAAGAGGUUCAUCUCUCGGCUAGGGAUGGGGUUUACAAAUAUUUGCAGGGCAAAACGGUGAGUACAGGAUUGAAAAGGAAAUAAUUAGGAUGCAAACAAAAUUUGAAUUAUUAUCGCUAUCACUGCUUCAUGGUUAUAUGAAAUAGUGAUAACUGCUUCAGUAUUAUUAAAAAUAAUCAUUAAAAUUAAGCCAUGCUACUAAUAUUAGCAACAUAAAUGCAAAUCAUUAUAUUGAUUAAAAUAGCUCCAAAAUUAUUGUUAAAUAUAUUUUUCUUAAGCACCAAGCCAUCCACAUCGAACUCUGGAUUACCCAGCGUUUCAGAACAGUAUUUCAUUAACCCCAGAACCUUUCCCAUAUUCUGUUGAAAAUCCCGGUACAUAUUUCGACCUGUAGAAGCCGUCACUCAUCUUAAUUUUCUCGGGCCCAUCUCUGUAGCGCAGCCCCACAACGCUCGCCCUGUAGAACCCACAAUACGGCCUCAGUUCCUUUGGGGUUUUUGUUUUCGAUCAUUUGUGAUAUUUUAGAGGCCACAGGAGGACUGCGAAUGUUUAUCACUUCUCUUCGAACCCCGAUUUUACGGAUGGCGAGUUUUAAGGAGUCCGUGAUCCGGCGCCCAAAAUCGCAUGUAACGCCGAUUUGAUGUCACUCCCAUUCAGGAGCGAUAGGUUCCCUAAGUCUGUUCCGGGAGGGGGUGGGGGCCGGGGGCAAAGCUUCUGCGCGGCCUUUCGUCCCUAAAACUCUUUUCGAAAAAUGCGCGGUAGGAAUUCUUUGGAAAUCUUAUCUGAGAAUGAAUAAAAUGCUUCCGGAAUAAACGAAAUCGACUGGUUUGCGGGCGACUCGAUCGGGAAAUGUGUCCGGGAAAAUGCAUCCCGGUCUGGAGUUCUCAAAAGGUGAUUCAAUGAAGGAGAUUCGUCUUUGGGGGAACCGCAAGUCUUAGCAGUUAAUAUUAUUAAAAAACUGAACCUAGGGGAGCGUUUGGCGGUUGGGGAUCUGGGGACGCUUUCCGGUGAGCAGCAUGUGCACGUCGGGGUGUGGAUGUGAUGGCAAUUAUUUUCCAAGAAAGUGCCUUGUAUAUUUUUAGGCGCGGGAAAAUAUAUGGCUGCGCGAAAAACGCCCGAGGACCCUGCGCGCCUCUUUCCCUGGAGUCGAGGGGGUGAACCAAAUGGGGCCCCGGAGCGCUGCACUCGGCCCUUCUGUGCAAAAGGCCUAGUGGUGCUCAGGACCCGACCCGGCCGGCCCGCUCCGUCCUUCUCUCCAGGAACGGGUUUGCGCCCAACAGGGUCUCCGGAGGCCGCCAGAGGACGGUGCUCGGCGGGGGCCCCUGCUGGGAAGGGCCGCUUUGCAAGCGGUGGGUGCGAGAAGGGUUAGGGAGAAAUUGGGGGGGCGAGGCGAAUAUUGCCCUCCACCACCCCCCAAAUGAUGACACCCAGCAAGGGCAUCCCUUUAAAGUGAGGUUACAGGGAACCAGGCAGAGGGCCUUCUCGGUAGUGGCGCGCGCCCUGUGGAACGCCCUCCCAUCAGAUGUCAAGGAAAUAAGCAGCUAUCUUAUUUUUAAAAGACAUCUGAAGGCAGCCCUGUUUAGGGAAGUUUUUAAUAUUUAAUGCUGUAUUGUUUUUAACACUCCAUUGGGAGCCGCCCAGAGUGGCUGGGGAAACUCAGCCAGAUGGGCGGGGUAUUAUUAUUAUUAAUAAUAAUAAUAAAAAAAUAAAAAUGUCUGUUCUUGGUCAUUUUUCUGCUUUGUGGAUUUAUUUAUUUGCCGGGUGAGGGAAGACAUUAUUCUGUUUUUCUUCGUUCAGUUCGGUUUAGAUUCUUUCCAGUUCCCCCGUCCUCCCUUGCUGUUUCUAAAGGUGUUUUGCUUGCUUGCUUGUUUUGAGACGGUGCUUUUGAGAUUCCCACCUUAAUGGUAGGAUCAAGGAAGGUGGGGGAGGGAGUAUGUCUGUCACAUUUGUUGUGAGGCUCCCACAAAGGAAGGGCAAGGUCCAUGGAGUCUCUUCAAACUUCCGGAGGUGCCCCCCAUCAUGUGUGUGUGUGUGUGGGGGGGAAUUGGCAGCUCCAGCUUGAAGGCCCGGCCACCCCCACCCUCAUCACCAGCGAAAGGGAGAUGCGCUUUCCCUGGGGGACUGAUAAUGCCCUAAGCGCCUUGCGGGGGUGGGUGGGUUGCCAGUUAGGUCCUGUGAGAAACUCUAGUCUUAAGAAACAUCUGCCACCCUGUCUCAGUCUCUCGCUGGAAAAAGUGUAUUCCUUCACUUACACUUCAGAAUUAUAAUUAGAAUUAUUAAAUGUAUUGCUCACUCUUCACCAGUAGGUCCCAGGGCGGCUUACAACAAUCUGAAAUUCAGAAUUAACAAUUGUGUGGUAAGCCGGCACUGCCCCCCCCCCAUGGUUCUUGCAGUUUAACAUCCUGGCUGAAGGUUAGAUUCCAGGAGGCAGAAUAUGACAGGGCAUGGGGUAUCUGCAGACAGGUGCCGGGGCUGAAGCGAGGGGGCCUGGGCAGUGGAGCCAACUGAGGAACCGUGCCCAUCUUGCAUUCUGAGAAGAGGCGCGCUCUUGAGGCUCCCUUUCCCCAGGGUGAGGCCACCUCUUCUAGGGAUUCAUCCCUGGAGCUGAGCCGCCCACCCUGUUCUGAGUAGAAGAUCUUUUAUUUAAUUGCCUGGGGUUGUGACGUCAUCGGCGGCGUGCAGAAGUUCACAAGACAAAAUGACUUGCGGAAAUGUGCUUUAUUUAAAAUAAUCACAAUAUAAGGUGGCGCUGUGGGUAAAACCUCAGUGCCUAGGGCUUGCCGAUCGCAUGGUCGGCGGUUCGAAUCCCCGCGGCGGGGUGAGCUCCCGUCUUUCGGUCCCAGCUCCUGCCCACCUAGCAGUUCGAAAGCACUACUAAGGGCAAGUAGAUAAAUAGGUACCGCUUUAUAGCGGGAAGGUAAACGGCGUUUCCGUGUGCUGCGCUGGUGCUGGCUUGCCAGAGCAGCUUCGUCACGCUGGCCACGUGACCCGGAAGUGUCUCUGGACAGCGCUGGCCCCCGACCUCUUAAGUUUCCCCCUGGAUGAAUUAAGCCAACGGUUGCAUGAAAUCAGGCCAAGGGCUGGCAAUUGCCCAUCUCUUUGCGAAAGGGGCAGUUCUGCCCCUUGGUUGGGAGACAGACAUCAUUUGGCCUUGGUUGGGAGAGAGCCAGUGUGGUGUAGUGGUUAAGAGCGGUAGAUUCGUAAUCUGGGAAACCGGGUUCGCGUCUCCGCUCCUCCACAUGCAGCUGCUGGGUGACCUUGGGCUAGUCACACUUCUCUGAAGUAUCUCAGCCCCACUCACCUCACAGAGUGUUUGUUGUGGGGGAGGAUGGGAAAAGGAGAUUGUGAUAAAGCGGGAUAUCAAAUCCAAACUCUUCUUCUUCUUCUUCUUCUUCUUCUUCUUCUUCUUCUUCUUCUUCUUAUCCUCAGGGCUUCUUCAAGAGAACGGUGCAGAAUAACAAGCACUACACGUGUAUGGAGAGCCAGAAUUGCAAGAUCGACAAGACACAACGCAAGAGCUGUCCCUAUUGCCGGUUCCAGAAGUGCCUUGUGGUGGGCAUGAAACUCGAAGGUGACUCCAGUUGGCAUAGUCUUGGGCGGGCGGGAGGGGGUGAGUCUUUGCAACACAGAAGGUAGGUGCUGACGGGAAAGUGCCUUCUGCCAAGUGGGUGGGGGAGGGAUCCUGACAUCCAGCCUAUGUCCUGGAUGCUGCUGCCUCUGAGCUAACCGCGGCCAGGAGGGCUUCUGCUCCAGCCCAAACAAGAUGUGGGGACGUGAGACUUGACGUGGGCGGGAGUGGGUGGAAGGACUGGUGACUUGACUCCUACCAGCCAUUUUCUUCCUCCUUCCCCCUCUUAACCCCCGUUGCUUUUCUACCUCUGAGGGGGCGGGGAAGCAAAAUAUAUAGGUAUACAUGCAUUUCUUGCCUAGAAUGCAAAACCUUCCCUGGCCAGGACAUGCGUUUUUGAAAAGAGCGCGCCUCCACACACAGCGUCCACCCAAACAACAGUGCCAGGUGGUUUAAAAGAGACUUUUUGAGAUGUUCUAGAUCUGCUUCCUUUAUAUCUUUAGCCUCUUUCCCCUCUACCCACCCCGUCCCCUAGUAAUCCCCCCCUUCUCCUUCUGCUGGGUUUCCAUGUGUCCCGUGUGGGUCUCUAGAAGAAGGGCAGGGACCUUACCCUGCAAGGACUCUUGGAAGUGAGACCAUGUAAAAUGUAAAGGAGCUGAGUGCUUUUUCUGUCUAUGCUGUCAAGCUUAGUUGCAAGCCACAAUAUCCUUAUUACUAUUAAUUCAGUGUUCCAUUUGAGUGGAGGCCCCCCCCCCCUAAGGCUGUUAUCAUUGGGAAAGUCGGAUAAUGAUGACAGUAUUCUUGUGGUUCCUCAGGAGCCAGUGAUGGUAACCAACCUGGAAGGCUUUAAAAGAGGAUUGGACGAAUUCAUGCAGGAUGAUAAGGCUAUCAAUGGCAGCAAUGCUUUCAGACGUGCUCAGAUCCUGCUUGCAUGUUUCCCAUGGGGGUAUCUGGGUGGCCACUGUGAGAACAGGAUGCGGGGCUGGAUGCCCCCUCCCCACUUGGGCUCCUCUUAUGUUCUUGAGGCAAAAUGCCUGUGCAGCCUCUUCUGACGCUCUUAUGUCCAAAGAGCGUUUCGUGCCCGCCGCCCCACCUGCGUCAUAAUGCUGACUCUUUGAGAAAGGGCUAGCAAUAGGGCGGUAAUUAAAUCUGACAGGAGUCCCUCCCCACGUCUCAUUGCCCAGGCCCAAUUCCUGAUGCUCGGUGCGCUUUGCUGGAGAAUUCCUGAAAAAAAACCCGCAUUUAUUUUUAUAUUGCUUUUAAAACCCGACUUUCCAGCUCUGUUUCCACUGAGUGAGCUGAAGAUUGGUAUAUUUCCCAUUUAGAGUCUAGCAAUUAAAAGCCGCAGUACCGAUUCAAUGCACACUAUAUGCUGGUACUCCCAGUUUAAAACCCGACUUUCCAGCUCUGUUUCCGCUGCCGCUGCGGGUUGCUGUCUUGUUCGUGGGGACCUUCCUGCCUUGGAGAGCUGAGGGCUGCCUGUAGCUUGCAGUGGCGUGGCAGCCUGGAGAGCAGGAUGGGGCGGCGGCUUUGAACGACAUAAAGUGAAAGCAAAUUCCUCCAUGGGGUGGAAAGGAGGAGGCGAGGCUGGGCACUGGUCCCGCAGGAGGCUGCUCCACAGCAUAGUAGUCUAGGUCUGGAAGGACACGUGUCUCCGGGAACCAAUUGGGGUUUCAAAUAAUAAAAACAAGAUAAAAAUAAACACACAGAGAGAUCAUAUGAGAGCCAUCUUCAAAUACAUAAAGGGCUGUCGCAUGGAAAAUGGUCCAUGCUUGUUUUCUCCUGCUCCGGAGGGUAGGACCCGAACCCAUGGUUUCAAGCGACAAGAAAGGAGAUUCAUUCAGACUCAGCAUCAGGAAGAAAUUUCUGACAGCCAAAGCUGUUCGACAGUGGAAGGGUCUCCCGCGGGAGGUGAUGGUCUCUCCUUCCUCGGAGGCUUUGAAGCAGAGGUUGGAGAGCCACCUGUCAGGGGUUCCGUAGUUGUGAUUCCUGCACUGCGGGGGUAGGGCUAGACGACCCUUUGGCUUCCUCCCAACAAAGCCCAAGUAAAGACUACCAAUUUUAUCAGAUCAUUAAGGCUAGUUCCAUAGUUGCCAGGCUUGCGAUGAGGGUUGUCUUGAAAAUGAUGGUUCUGUUGCCUAUGUCAUAAAGGAAUGCCAAAUCAUAUAAAGUGUCCGGAGGUUCUACUUGUCUUCAAAAUCUCAGAUAUGUGUGCUUCUCUCCAUUAAAGCUGUAUUCCAGAGUGUGUGGUACAAAGUGUCCAGUGUAAGAUUUUGGGCUGUGUUCCACUGAGUUGCAAUUAUUAUUAUUUAUAUUAAUUAAUUAAUUAAUUAAUUACAUUUCUAGACUGCCCUUCAUCCGAGGAUCACAGGGCAGUGUACAAUAUAAAAUCACAAAAAAUACAUCCCUUAGUAACAAUUAAAAAACAAUGUCCCCCCACAGUUUAAAAGGCCACAGAUGAUGAUGAUAAUUAUACCCCACCCAUCUGGUUUGGUUUCCCCAGCCACUUUGGGUGGCUUAAGGCAUAUCUAAAAACAUAAUAAAAUUAGCCAAAGGCCUGGCUGAAGAGGAAUGUUUUUGCCUGGCACUUAAAGAUAUGUAGAGAUGGCACCAGGCUAGCCCCCCAUGGGGAGAGUAUCCCACAAGUGGGGAGCCACCACAGGAAAGGCCGCUUCUCAUCUUGCCGCCCUCUGGAUCUCUCGUGGAGGGGCCACAUGAAAAGGGCCUCAGAGCUUAUGGAUAGAAGCGGUCCUUGAGGAGUGGUGCUCCUGAGCCACUUAAGGCUUUAUAGGUCAAAACCAGCACUGAAUUGGGCCUGAAAACUAAGUGGCAGCCAGUUGAGCCACAGUUGGCAUUAUAUGCUCAAACUGUCUUAUUCAUGCUGCCAAGGUCAUAUAUAAGACCAAUUCUUUUGACAAUAUAUUUACAUUUGUAUCAUCAAAAAUAUUCAGUAACAGUAAUUUUGGGCAACGAACAAUAGUUUCUUUAGCAAUAUUUAUCAUUCAUGUCAAGAAUAAAUUCCAAAAAUCUUGCACCAAAUUACAGUAAAUGAUAAUAUGUACGAAGUUUAUUGCAGUCCCUCCAACUAGUAGCUGAUAAAGAAGGAAAUACUUUUGACAUUUGGAAAGGAGUGCAAUACCAUCUGUGAAAUAAUUUCAAGGAGUUUUCCCAAAGAAAUCUGGAAGCAGAUUUUAAGAACUGUGAUUCCCAAAUUUUAUUCCCGUCCUUCCCAAAAAAUAUCCCCAUAUUUGUGUGCAAAUAUAUAGUUCCCAUAUCUUUUUGAGGGGUUCCAUAGAUCCAUUGAUAACCUACAUUAAGCAAUAUAGAGUAUAAUUAAAAUCUAAUCCUUUCCCUGCUCUACCCAUUGUAAUUUUCAAACUUUGUCAAGGGUGAUUGUCCCUUCACCAUCUCCAGUUGCACAUACAGACUCAGACAUGCUUAUGGGUCAGCUGUGUGAUAAGCCAGUGGAGAUAGGGUUUUCGUGUAUGUGUGCGGGAGAUACUUUGUACAUGCUCAGAAGCACCCUCUACACAUAUCCCACGGCAUGUGGAUGAAAGCAGGCAGUGCCAAGAAGGCGUGUCUGUGUGUUUGUUUGGGCACUAGGGGUAUACCAAUUUCCUGUAUCAUAAUGGGAUGCACUUUUGCUUAAAAACACUGAAAAAGGGACUAAUUAUUCUCAGUUAUGGAAAAAGGUUGCCCUGAAAUGAAAAGUUGGAAACGCUGUAUAUGUAAAGUUACUACUCAUAACUAUCAGCACUUUUAAAAACUUCAUGGAACUGUUUAUAACUUUUACAGCUGCCUGGAACUUCCUAAAACUGUGGCGAAUGUUCAAGAAGAAUCCAAAUAUUGGUCUAUAGGGAAAGAUUUUUGGGCAAACAACUAAACUUCUUAAUUUUUAAUAUUUCUUUCUGUGGCAAUAUGCAAUUGUGGUUGGAGAAACCCAGCUGGAUGGGCAGAGUAUAAAUAUAAUCAUAAUCAUAAUCAUUACAAUGUCGCACAAGAUCCUCAAUUUAUUCUCAGCAAUAGAAGUGAUGAACCAUGUAUAAAACAUUGUACAUGUAUUAGAAAAUUUGCAAGCUCUAUUUUUCCUGUAUACAUGCUAUGCAUAAUACAUUAUACAGUUACAUAUACAAAAAUUGAUGUAUUGAUUUCAGGGUGACCUUUUUUCAAAAGGUUUGGAAAUGACAGUUCAUUCCUUUGUUUUUAGGCAAAAGUUCAUAGACUCAUAGAAUCAUAGAAUCAUAGAGUUGGAAGAGACCACAAGGGCCAUCGAGUCCAACCCCCUGCCAAGCAGGAAACACCAUCAGAGCACUCCUGACAUAUCAGAGCACUCCUGACAUAUGUACUAACUAAGCUACAGGAACAUGAGGUUGUAAAAAAGUUCUAACCCUAGCGGACACUUCCCUUUCCAAAGAUCCCAGGGAAAGGAAUAAAUAUAAUAUUAAGAUUUGUUUUUUGUUUAAAUCCCAGCAGUCCGGACAUUUAUUCCAGCAGGUGCUCAGCUUUUUCUACCAUUGCAAGGAAAUAGCCUCCUAUCCUGAGCAGUACCGAGUGUCUCAGCCACGGUCCCGACUCACUGGAGUCCCUUGAGCACGCCCAUUGUGCAGAACCUGGCUGGCUGGAACCCCUCUGAUAGCAGGCGCCAUAGGGGGGGGAGAGAUCUGCUCGGUGGUGAAGUGCCCCCACUUUGCAUGCCAAAGGCUCCAGGUUCAAUCCCUGGCACACCCCCCCCCUUAAAAGGACCCUUGGCCGGAGAGCUGCUGCCAGCACAGCAGACAAUACCGGUGGGUUAGAUGGACCCUUAGCUAGAACCCCCACCAGUGUCCGCCAGAUUCUUCUGUUCUGUGCCUUGGCGGAGCAGGUGUGAUGAAACCUUGGGCCUCAUCCUGGAGGUUUCUGAGCUACAAUUCCCAUCAGCCCCAGCUGAUGGUGGUUGAUGGGAGUUGUAGUCCAAAAUAUUUCUUUGUUUGCAUUUAUAUCCCACCUCGUUCUCCAAGGAGCUUAAGGUGGCAGAGGUACAGGGUUCUCCCUUCCCGAUUGAAUCCCAUCGCAACACUCUCUUGCAAUGCCAUUGCAGUGCCUUUGAGUGCAUGCAGAGUGCCCAUACCCUUCGAUGCCUUGCGACUGGCCUUCACGUGGCUUUAUCCACCAGGGGUCGCCGUGAGGGGCGGAGAAGGGCUAUAGUUCAGAAGGUCCCAGGCUUAGUCCCCAGGGACAUCUCCAGGAAGCAGGGCUGGGAGAAGACUCGUGAGGAGAUGCUGCCAGUCAGUGUAGACAAUUCCGAGCUCUAUAGACCAGGAGUCUCUGACUUGGCAAAAGGCAACUGCCCCACGUUCUUAUGUUCUUCUAUUAUUCUGCGUGGAGCAAAUGGGUGCAUGAAAAGGGAACGAAAGAGAAGGAGGGCACACAUUCCAACACAACUCCCUGGUUGGAUGCUAUGUUUUCAUUCAUUACUUGCAUUUAUAUCUCCUCUUUUCCUUGGAGAAGCUCAAUGUGACAUCCACGUAGCAUCCAGAGUGGUGCAAUCUAAUCCCAACGACAACCCUGUGAGGUAGGCUAGGGUGACAAGCAGUGACUGGUCCAGGGGGCUAACUUGUAUGAAAUAUUGUGGGAGGGCAGGUAAGCCCCUUCCUGCACACACAUCACAUCACUUGAGUAGCAAUGCCCAUCAACCGGGGGGGGGGAACUGUCCCCCUCGAAAAUUUUGUUAUGGGGUGGGCAAAGGGACCUCGACCCCUAGGAGUUGGUUUCUAUGGGCUGGCCUCUAAUGGCACACCCAGGGAGCUUCGAGGCCGAGUGGGAGGAUUUGAACCCAGGUCUCUCCCAGGUCCUAGUAAACUAAUCACUAUGCCACUAUGACAGCAAUUUUGGAUGGCUUCGGGGCGUAGUGGUUUUUUAGCUUCUCUUUUAUCAUGUCCCAUGGCGCUGCCUGGACUGCUAGUGGCACGACCAAAACUCGGGCCGUCUCAAACACCUCGGGCUCGCAGAGGCUGAGGAAUAGGCCCCACUUACGCUCCUCUGACCCUUCUGUCAGCUCGUUUGCUUGGAGGCAGCAGCCGAACCGAGCAAGAUAGGAGUCCCAUGAUUCAGAGGCUGGGGCAAAUGGCAGUAGAGGCACGAGUGAAGCCAUGGUUCCGAUGCCGACGUGGUGGGCGAUGGAUGGAACACAGUGCUCUAGCCAGUAUGGUCAGCUCUGAAUUGGGUUCUGUUCAGUGAUUUUGCUCAGUGAGUGUCCAAAUGUGGCUGUGCUCUGAUGUCCAUCUGAUCCCAUCUCCGUCGCCAGUAUUAAAUAGUGGGUGGACAUAGCAGACGACACAGAGAUUUCUCCAAGUAGUUCUUUAUAAGUAAGCUGGAACUGAACUGAACAGCAAACAGCUCAGCCGGCCUGCUUUUAUAGGCAGCCGGCUGUCAACAUUGUAACCACAACAGCCCAGGGUUUCCCGCCUAAAUUAACUUACGUGGACCUGAGUGAAAACUAUAUACACAAUACCCCUGUUGGCCAGGGUGAGAACUUCAAUACAUAACACUGGGCCUUCCUGGCCAGAUUUUGUCUGACGCCUUUUCCCCGCUUUCUCUCCCUUUGCCCCUUCUUCUCCUCCCUCCCUCCUCCCUCCAGCCGUGCGUGCCAACCGCAUGCGGGGUGGCUGGAACAGGUUCAGGCCCAUGUACAAGCAGGACCGAGCCAUGAAACAGCAGAAGAAGGCGCUGAUCCACGCCAACAGCUUCAAACUGGAGACGGCGGCCCAGCCGCCCAUCGUGUCCCCGGUGCAGGCGGCGGAGGAGUCCGGCGGGCUGUCGGCCUUGCUGCACGGCCUGAGCCAACACCACCAGCCUGAGGUGGCAAAGGGGCUACCCCCGCCCAGCAGCAGCAGCUCCAGCAGUGGCAGCGGUGGCGGUGGCAGCGGGAUAAGCAGCUCCACCGCCAUGACGCCCAUCGACUAUGAGUGCAGCUCCUAUGGGACGCCCGCACUGGCCAUGCCGGUGCCCUCGGGUCACAGGCCGCUCUCGGGUUACCACUACCCGCCCUUCGCCAGCUGGGCCAUCAAGUCCGAGUUCCCGGACCCAUACGUGAUGCAUCCAAACGAGGCAGCCCCGCCGUACCCCUACCCAGAGGUCUACCCCAGCGGCGGCUCCCCAGCCACUGGGGCCGACAUGCCCGACGUGAUCCUGAAGUUGCUGGAGCAGGAGCCCGACGAGGCGCAAGUCAAGGCCUGCAUCCUGUCCUGCCUGCAGGAGGAGCAGAGCAAGGGCCUCCACAACAAGCUCAGCGCCUUUGGCCUCAUGUGUAAGAUGGCAGAUCAGACCCUCUUCGCCAUCGUGGAGUGGGCACGCAGCUGCAUCUUCUUCAAAGAGCUGGAGGUGAGGGGGGGGUGUUGCUUUGCGGGGUGGGGGAUGAACCCUGAGAGGAACUGGCUUCCCACGACCUACAUCUCCCCGACUUGGACAUGUUUCCAGCGGUUGCUUUGUUUGUUCCCGGCGGCGGGGGGGGGUGGUGAGGAGGAAGGUUGA